AUGUGGCAAACUGCGAAUUCGGUUCUAUAGGUAAUUACAAAUACUUACGAAAAUACUCGUGGGGUUGAGUAUUUGGACAAGAAACCUCAGACUUAAAAUUCCAUUGAUGAAGAAACUAGGAAUAAUUAUAGUGAGGAUGAAGAUUUCCAUGAAGUCGAUAAAGAAUUCGAUCCCAAUUAAUGGAGUUUGAGAAAUUUUGAAAUGGGCAGAUAUUUGGGAAAUGGUAAAUUUGGACAUGUUUACUUAGCGAGGGAGCGUGAUAGUAAAUUUAUCCUGGCCUUGAAAGUAAUAAGUAAAAGAUAACUCAAUCUCUGUUAAUUGACUGGAUCUCUAACCAGAGAAGUCGAAAUACUAACACAUCUCAAACAUCCUAAUAUAAUUAGUUUUUAUGGCUUUUUUUAAACAGAAAAACGUGUUUACUUGAUGCUGGAAUGGGCUCCAUUGGGAGACUUGUAUGGUUUAAUGAAGAAGCAAUAGAAUAAGAGGUUCAAUGAAAAAAUGGCGUCAAAUAUUAUCAAGCAAAUAACAAUGGCAAUCGGAUAUAUGCAUUCAAUGAAUGUAAUACAUAGGGAUUUGAAACCUGAAAACAUUCUGUGUUUCAACAACGAUGUUUUUAAGAUUUCAGAUUUCGGUUGGAGUGUUCACACCCCAUCAAAUAGAAGGAAGACUCUAUGUGGUACUUUAGACUACUUAUGUCCAGAGAUGAUUAACUAUCAACCUCAUGAUAAUAGAGUGGAUGUAUGGACUAUUGGAGUGUUAGCAUAUGAAUUAGUAGUUGGGAGGCCACCUUUUGAAUCACAUAAUGAGAAUGACACGAAGAGGAAGAUUUAGCAUUUGUAAUAUUAGUUUCCGUAAAUUUUGUCAAGGGCAUCCUUCAACAUGAUUGCAAUAAGAGACCGACGAUCUAAUAGAUCUUAAAUCACCCAUGGAUUGCUUAAUGAAUUACUAAUAUAUAUUAUAAUUAAAUAAACAAAUUUGAAAUUCAUGAUUAGGUUUAUCUUGUUGUAGAAUAGACAGGGGAAGACAAGACUUUCGAAAUGGUAUGUGUAUUAUGAUGAUGCCGAGAAAGUAAAAUUGCAAAAUGAAGUUCAUCGAUUGAUAGUUUGCAGAGACACUAAGCACACUAACUUUUUGGAAUUCAGGAAUUAUAAAAUCAUCUACAAAAGAUACGCAGGAUUGUUCUUUGCGUUAUGCGUUGAUGUGAGUGACAAUGAAUUAACAAUGCUAGAAUUGAUACAUUUAUAUGUCGAAGUUUUGGACAAAUACUUUGGGAAUGUGUGUGAAUUAGACAUAGUUUUCAACUUCAAUAAAGCGUAUUCUAUUUUGGACGAAAUGAUUGUCGGCGGAGAAAUUGUUGAAACUUCUAAAUAAGUCAUAAUUACUGCAGUCAAGAAUAUUGAAUUAUUAGAUUGA